GUCACAUUUAAGCAAAACAUUUUCUCAAUGUCAUGCCUUUGGGGGGAAAAAUGAAUUUAUGUUUGAGUUUUGACGUCAAGACAAAAUAUAAAAUAUUUCUACACACUUAAUUGUUUAAUAUUAUUAACAAAUAAAUAUUACAGUGAAGUAUACAUUCAAGUAUGGCGGCCCCCGCACCACAUCAGAUGACAACCUGUCCAUACAAUAAAGCACAUCAAGUAGAGCAUUACCGAAUGCACAUCCACCUUCAGAAGUGUCGUAAACAGCACCCUAAUUGCAACAAAAUGACCUGCCCGUUUGAUACCACACACGUCGUAAAUGACGUAGAAUUAGAUUACCACAUAUCGGUGUGCCCCAAACGUGAAAUGCUAGACGCGCAGAUGUAUGUCAUUGACAAUGAUCACCGUCCUCAAGUUGAAGUUACAGCACCGACUCAUGUGCAGUGCGAAGAAAAUUGGGAAGACUCGAAUGUGACGUCCUAUCAACCAGAUCUAGCUAAGAAAAGUCAUCAUAUUAUAAUCAAAGUUAAAGGUGCAACUCCGUCGGAGAGACGGAAGGCUAGAAUGGAAGCCAUCAAGACAUACAGGGGCUCGGAGAAUUGAUCAUUAACCCACAUUUAGCACUAAGACCUCACUUGGUUCCCUUUAUAUGAGACAAAUCAUAUGUAUGUAUGUAUGUAAAUCAAUGUUUAUCUCGAGAACCAUAGAUUAAAUUCCUGUAGUUGUUAUUCAGACUUAAAAAAAUAUACAAAGAAUGAUAUUUUCAUGAAGAGAAUUAUUCUAUAUACCUGUGCUUUUUCAAUUAGUACAGGUAUUGGUUUUGUUAUUAUAUAUAUAUAUAUAUACAUACAUAAAUAUAUAUAACUUCCUAUACAAUAAAACAUCUAGACAUAAUCAAGUGUGAAUGUUAAUAAUUAAUAAUAUAAAAAUAUAUAAUUUUCCUUAAUACAUAUUUUUAAAUUAUAUAUUAUUUUUGUCUCUCACUAAAUAGUAGAGUGGCCAUUUCUGCAAUGAAACCAUGGAUGUAAUAUAUAUAUAGUCUCACUUUACACCAAAAAGUUAGGACAUAUUAGUUUUUUAUUGUUUUAUUUAGUGAUAUUGUUGCUCUAGAAUGGAUUGACUAAUUUUGAUGCUGUUUUCUGUGUUCCAAACCAAUUUACUUGCAUUGGGUCAUAUUUUUUUUGUUAAUAACGGCAUAACACUAUCUCUGCUGACAUUUUUGACUUAUGAUUAUCUGACUAAGUGCCGUAUGCAUGCAAGUAUAACUUAAUUAAAAUUAACGAAUAGUAUUUUGCUUUAAUUUAAUACAAUAUUUAUUAUUAGAUGUAGAAACCUUUUUAAUUUCAGCUGUAAUUUUUGUUCUACAACACGAAUGAACCUAUAUUUUGAGAUGUUAACCUAUGUUAUGUCUUAGAAUAAGGUGAAAUUUGUUUAUAUUUACAUCAAUGUAUAGCAUUUCCGUUUUUCUACAAUUGUGUAACAUGUCUGAACUGAUUUUGAUGAAGUUGCUCUAUAAUAGUGCAACUGAACGGAAGCAAACACUUCAUAAUAUGACAUCCAAGCGUCUUGGAAGUAAUAAAAAUGGCUCUAAAUAAAUCAAAUGAUUAGAA